GCACAGGUAUACACAGUCCACUCAUUGCCAUUGGAGACAUGGACACCACUUCAGACCACAAGGAUGCAGACAGAGAGGAACAACCAGUUAAGCGAGGCAGCUUUUCUGAAGCCAAGAAAUCCCAGCAGCCGGGGUUUGACAUGAUCUACCGCAUCGAGGAUGUCCCUCCCUGGUAUCUCUGUGGACUCCUUGGCAUGCAGCACUACCUGACGUGCUUCAGUGGCACCAUCGCGGUGCCCUUCCUGUUGGCCGAUGCCAUGUGCGUGGGUAAAGACCAGUACACCGUCAGCCAGCUGGUGGGCACCAUAUUCACCUGUGUGGGCAUCACCACCCUCAUCCAGAGCACCUUUGGCGUCCGGCUUCCAUUGUUCCAGGCCAGUGCGUUUGCCUUUCUCAUCCCGGCUCAAGCCAUUCUCAAGCUGGACAGAUGGACAUGUCCUCCUGAGGAGGAGAUUUAUGGGAAUUGGACUCUACCUCUCGACACCUCCCACGUGUGGCACCCGAGAAUCCGAGAGAUCCAGGGUGCCAUCAUCGUGUCAAGUUUGGUUGAGGUGGUGAUCGGCUUCAUGGGUCUGCCUGGCCUGCUGCUCAACUCCAUCGGCCCCCUCACGGUCACGCCCACCAUCUCUCUGAUUGGCCUGUCCACCUUCCAGACGGCAGGCGAUAGGGCAGGCAGCCACUGGGGGUUUUCUGCGCUGACUAUCUUCCUCAUUGUGGUGUUUGCUCAGUACUGGAGGGACUGGGCCGUUCCCCUGCCCUCCUAUAAGAGGGGGAAGGGCUGCACCAUCACCAGGUUCCAGAUAUUCAAGAUGUUUCCUAUCAUAAUGGCCAUCAUGUUGGUGUGGCUGGUGUGCUACAUCUUCACCCUGACCGGCCUCCUGCCAACGGACCCCAACAGCUACGGUUUCAAGGCUCGCACAGACGCCCGCGGGGAGAUCAUGACCCAGGCUCCCUGGUUCCGCAUGCCCUACCCAUGCCAGUGGGGGUUGCCAACGGUGACGGUUGCCGGGGUGCUGGGCAUGUUCAGCGCCACGCUGGCGGGCAUCGUGGAGUCCAUAGGGGACUACUACGCCUGUGCCCGUCUCUCAGGGGCACCACCGCCCCCCAUCCAUGCCAUCAAUAGGGGCAUCUUCACGGAGGGCGUGUGCUGCAUCAUAGCAGGCCUCAUGGGCACAGGAAACGGCUCCACCUCCUCCAGUCCUAACAUCGGAGUGCUGGGCAUCACAAAGGUGGGCAGCAGACGGGUGGUCCAGUAUGGAGCUAUUAUUAUGCUGCUUCUGGGAACAGUGGGAAAGUUCACAGCACUCUUCGCCUCCAUACCAGACCCAAUUCUGGGUGGCAUGUUUUGCACCCUCUUUGGCAUGAUAACGGCCGUGGGCUUGUCCAACCUCCAGAGUGUGGACCUCAACUCCUCCAGGAACCUCUUUGUGUUGGGCUUCUCCAUGUUCUCGGGCCUCAUGCUGCCCAGCUACCUGGACGCACACCCAGGAGCUAUCCAAACAGGUGUCCCUGAGCUGGAUCAAAUCUUCACUGUUCUACUGACAACAGAGAUGUUUGUGGGUGGUUUCAUCGCAUUUGCACUCGACAAUACCAUUCCAGGCACAUUGAAAGAGCGCGGCCUACUGGACUGGAAGUCUGACGACGGCUCAGGUGAGAGUUCACUGGACACGUCGACCACGUACGACUUCCCCAUCGGUAUGGGCUGCGUGCGCCGCGCCACCUGCCUACGCCGGCUGCCCAUCUGCCCCACGUUCCAGGGCUUCCGUCUGCGUAAGUCCAAGAAUGAUGAGCACGACUCGAUAGACGCCGAGACCUUGGAGGGAGACUAUCCCAUCAGGGAGACCGGCACCAAGGUAUAAGCUGUAUAUGAAGGGAAGCCGGCAGAUGGGGACAAAGGGGUCAGUUAUUCCAGGCCCAUGGAGAGGGGUUGGGCCCAGAAUUUUGUCCUCAUUGCAUUGUAUAUAUUGAGAGAGGGGCCUUUGUCGCAGGCCCGGGCAAAGUUGUCAGCAGCCCUGUGUAUACUAGAUGCACUGCAGAACUGUGAUUUGUGUUUUGAUAAGACUUUAUUUUUGUUUCUUUUAUUGUAUGUACAGGUAAUAUUAUGUGCUUAAAUUGUACAUACCUAACCUUAAGGGACAGUGCAAGUACAUGGUGUUACAUACUUUUUUAAAACUGUACCUAAUGACAUAACCGGGACCUUAAAAUACUGUGUAUCCGGCGCUUUUCUUAGAUAGCUGAACUUAGAUGUUGAGCUGCACUUUCACUAUGUUGAUUUAUUUAUGAAUCAUUAAAAACUACCUAGGAAGAUGUGUAAAUGUGUAUGUUCAAGUGUAUUUAUGUGAAUGGUGAUUGCCUAGUUUUGUUCAUUAUUAAGUCAAGUCCAGACUGUAUGGUGAUAUUCAUCUUCUCAAAAUAACAAAGAAAACUUGCUCCACUUAAAAAUCUGUUUUAAAUUAACUAUUUAAUGAAAUGUGUUUUACCCCUUCUAUUAUUACUUGAUACCCUUAAUAUCAGUGUGAAUCAGUCAGAAAGGUCCUCAUCUAUACCACUACAGACACCAAAACAGCUGCUUCAUGUUUCUCACAAUUCAGUUUUGUAUGUUUUCUGAUACCAUUUAAUAAACCACUGUAAUACA